CCAUACUAAUGAACCGCGGAAGAAAACGCGCUAUUUCUAAGCUCUGAAGUCAGAGACGCAGCGCAAAGUCUAAGGGAUAAAAAAACAACAACACCAAAAAAAAAGAACAGCCAAACUGAACAACCUAUCCCCCCAAACCCCAAGCCCAAGAAAAAGAAAAUCCAACACGGAUCUCCGCAAAAACCUAUUGCGCACCCUUCACACUCAAAAAGCCCUCACGAUGAGCAUGAGCGCAAGCGCAAACGCCAGACCACCGCCAGCAGGCGGACCGCCGUCGCACGCCUCGCGCCGUCUCCUCAUCUUCCAGGAGACGCGCAACCCGCAGAACGUCGCUGAGACCAUCUACCUCCCCGUCAACAAGCUGGGGUUACCCAUUUGUGGUGAUGGGCCUGUGAUGCCUUCUAUUCUGGAGUUGCCAUUGCGAGUGCUGAGGGUGUUUACGGAUAUUUUUAAUCAGCCGAAGUAUAAGGGGUGGGCCGUCGUCUCUGCAGGUCCCUACCGUGAUAUCUCAGAAGAAGGGAAAUUUUAUGCUGUGGUUUUGGAGCAGACGCAGAAUACUUCCGUGCAUGCAUCGCAUGAGACUCAUAUGGGUACACCUUGA